AUGGGCCUGGUGCACAACCUGGAGAAGUGCGCGGCCUGGUCUGCUUUGGCGGUUGAACCAUCCUCUCUACGGCCACGGAUCCCCAUCUCAGAGGAAGGCAGCCUCAGAGGAAGGCGGCAGAUCCUCGGCAGCCCCAUCGCCUCGCUCACAGGCUGCGCUGGCGUGGUCAGAGAGAGACUCGCAGCACCCGCUGAACCGGUCCCUUUCCUGUCCCAAAUGGACCCCCAACUCAGCCUCCUCCUCCUCACCCGCUGCGUCAGCCGCCGUGCUUCGUUCCUGGCCAGAACAACCCCUCUCGAGGUGCUACCAGAAGCAGAGUGGUCAGUAUGGGGGGAACAGCUGCUACAUACCUUUCUGGACGCGGCUCAUAUUCUAACACCACGAAGCGAGGCGGAGAGGAGGCGGAUUUGGCGGCAAGCAGCGCUGCCGAUGACAUUGGGAGGACUUGGCAUCAGUGACCCAGCUGUUGAAGGAAGCUACGCUUACCUAGCUUCGGUGAUCGGCACCUUCCACCUGCUGCACUCGCUCGGCGACACGCUCCACCUCGCCGUAGCAGCCCUCCUCCCCCUUAUGGACUCCAUCCCGGACUCCACAGCCGCCCUCCCUGCACCCCUAGCAGUGGCCGAGGCCGACCUCCCCCCCGAGGCUCUGGAGGCCCUCCAAGCAGGGAAAGGAGGACCCCAAGGGCCUCAAACUGCAGCAGUCGCUCGCCCUGGCGGUGCACACCCGUCGCUUCAUCAGGGUUUUGAAUGCAGCAAGGAGGACGCACCCCAACCCCCUCUCCGGACACGCCCAGCGAAUGCAGUGACUGCUGGGCCCCGGAGCAGGGGAUUGGCUGCUGGCGAUACCUCACAUCCCAGCACUUCGCUUGGGCCCAUCUCAGCUCUCAACAGCAGCAGCCUUCCGCCUAGGCCUCCUCCUACCGAUCCCUCCCAAGGCGAUGUGACUGACGAUACCGCACCACCUUCCCGGAUGAUCGCCUCCCCACCAUCUCAUGCGCUGCGAGAAGGGGACGGGACGAGGUUGCACGAAUCGGGGCCGAGGCGGAAUACGAAGUUUGGAUGUGUGACCGUGACGGACCCCGUCUCCUACCAAGACGUAAACUGCAACCGGGCACCGGGGUGGGUGGCUAUGGCGGCAGCAACGAGGAAGGAGGAGAAGUACGCGCAUAGGAAUGCGUGGGUGGGCUUCCACACUAUGGGAGUGGAAAAUUAUGACUACCCCUCGCCGGGGGUGCACGCCUACCUGCGGCAAUGCGCCGAGCUGGCGGCUAAGCUGUGCUACAACGCUGCUCCGACCUCCCACGAAGCAGCCAAGCUUCUCACUGACUACCGCCAGCGCUGGAGCGUCACUCUCCAGCGCACGCCCUCCGCUCCAAGACCAACGAGGCCUUGGCUGGCAGACGAGCUCGGCACGCACUGCCUGUUCGCCCCUCUUAGUGAGGGGCAUCUGCACCAACUGAUUGAGCCCCUGCUCGAUCACUAG